AUGUCUCUGGUGGCCCUGGUGGCCCUGGUGGACUCAGUGCCCCUGGUGCCCCUAGUGGCCCCAGUGGCCCUGGUGUCCUCGGUGUCCCCAGUGUCCCUGGUGGCCCCAAUGCUCCUGGUGGCCCUGGUGACCCCAGUGGCUUUGGUGGCCCUGAUGUCCUGGGUGGCCCCAGUGGCCCUGAUGUCCCCAAUGUCCCCUGUGGCCCUGGUGCCUCUGAUGGCUCUGGUGGCCCCGGUACCCCUGGUGCCCCCUGGUGGCCACGGAGGCCCUGACGUCUCCAGUGCUCCUGGUGCCCCUGGUGACCCCGGUGCUCCCGGUGUCCCUGGUGUUCCUGGUGGCCACGGUGCCCCUGGUGACCCUAGUGGCCCCAAUGACCCGGUGGCCCCGGUGCCCCUGGUGGCCCCAGUGGCCCUGGUGGCCCCAAUGCUCCUGGUGGCCCUGUCCACAUGCCCCAGUAUCCCAGGUGGCCCUGGUGCCCCUGGUGGCCCCGGUGCUCCUGAUGGCCCCAGGGGCACUAAUGUCUCUGGUGGCCCUGGUGGCCCUGGUGGACUCAGUGCCCCUGGUGCCCCUAGUGGCCCCAGUGGCCCUGGUGUCCUCGGUGUCCCCAGUGUCCCUGGUGGCCCCAAUGCUCCUGGUGGCCCUGGUGGCCCCGGUGGCCCUGAUGUCCUGGGUGGCCCCAGUGGCCCUGGUGGCCCUGAUGUCCCUGGUGGCCCCGGUGACUUUGGUGGCCCUGAUGUCCUGGGUGGUCCCAGUGGCCCUGGUGACCCCGUUGGCCCCAGUGGCCCUGAUGUCCCCAAUGCCCCCUGUGGCCCUGGUGCCUCUGAUGGCUCUGGUGGCCCCGGUACCCCUGGUGUCCCUGGUGGCCACGGAGGCCCUGACGUCUCCAGUGCUCCUGGUGCCCCUGGUGACCCCGGUGCUCCCGGUGUCCCUGGUGUUCCUGGUGGCCACGGUGCCCCUGGUGACCCUAGUGGCCCCAAUGACCCG